CUCUGUAGUGGAUUAUCUACUCUGUUAGAGGAUCAUUAUCUUUUUCUCUCUCCUUUAUCUCUGUAGUAUAUGGUGUACUCUGUUAGAGGAUCUUUAUCUCUCUCUCUCUCCUUUAUCUCUGCAGUGGAUGGUCUAGUCUGUUAGAGAAUCAGUAUUAUUAACACUAACAAUAUCUCUCUCUCCUUUAUCUCUGUAGUUGUCACGUCCUGACCAGAGUUCUUAUGUGUUGUGCUUGUUUUAGUGUUGGUCAGGACAUUUGCUGGGUGGGCAUUCUAUGUUGUGUGUCUAGUUUGUCUGUUUCUGUGUUCAGCCUGAUAUGGUUCUCAAUCAGAGGCAGCUGUCAAUCGUUGUCCCUGAUUGAGAAUCAUAUAUAGGUGGCUUGUUUUGUGUUGGGGAUUGUGGGUUGUUGUCUUCUGUCUUUGUGUUCUGCACCAGAUAGGACUGUUUUCGUUUUCACAUUUUGUUAUUUUGUAUGGCGUUCACGUUAUUGUCUCUUCUUUAUUAAAUCAUGUUGAACACUUGCCGCGCUGCAUUUUGGUCCGCUCCUUCACCCCAGGAAGAAAGCCGUUACAGUAGUGGAUGGUCUACUCUGUCAGAGGAUCAGUAUCUCUCUCUCUCUCCUGUAUCUCUGUAGUGGAUGGUCUACUCUGUUAGAGGAUCAUUAUCUCUCUCUCUCUCUCUCCUGUAUCUCUGUAGUGGAUGGUCUACUCUGUUAGAGGAUCAUUAUCUCUCUCUCUCCUUUAUCUCUGUAGAUGAUUGUCUACUCUUCUGGAGGAUCUGUAAUGGAUGGUCUACUCUGUUAGAGGAAUAUUAUCUCUCUCUCUCUCCUGUAUCUAUGUAGUGGAUGGUCUACACUGUUGGAGAAUCAGUGUCUCUCUCUCCUUUAUCUCUGUAAUUGAUGGCCUACUCUGUUAGAGGAUCAGUAUCUCUCUCUCUCCUUUAUCUCUGUUGUGGUUGUUCGACUCUAUUAGAGGAUCAGUAUCUCUCUCUCUUUUAUAUCUGUAGUGGAUGGUCUACUAUGUUAGAGAAUCAGUACCUAUCUCUCCUUUAUCUCUGUAGUGUAUGAUCUACUCUGUUAGAGGAUCAAUAUCUCUCUCUCUCUAUCUCUGUUGUGGAUGGUCUGCUCUGUUAGAGGAUAGUAUCUCUCUCUCCUUUAUCUCUGUAGUGGAUGAUCAACUCUGUUAGAGGAUCAGUAUCUCUCUCUCUCCUUUAUCUAUGUAGUGGAUGGUCUACUCUGUGAGAGGAUCAGUAUCUCUCUCUCUCCUUUAUCUCUGUAGUGGAUGGUAUUCUCUGUUAGAGGAUCAGUCUCUCUCUCUCUCUCCUUUAUCUCUGUCGCGGACUGUCUACUCUGUUAGAGGAUCAGUAUCUCUAUCUCUCCUUUAUCUCUGUAGUGGAUGGUGUACUCUGCCAGAGGAUCAGUCCAGGUGUGCAGUGUGUCAGCAAGUGUUGAGGGAUCCAGUCUCUAUCACCUGUGGACACAGGUUCUGUAGACAGUGCAUCACCAGAUACUGGGAGAAACCUGCUCCUUCAGGAUACUAUGACUGUCCUCAGUGUAGAAAGAGAACCAGAACACUUCCUGUACUACAGCACCUGGGUGAACCCAAUGAUGCAAGAGGCUCUGAAAACAUGGAGGACAGCCUGCAGAGAGCUAUAGUAAACCAUAAAGACAGCCUGAAAAGGAGGUAUGAAAAAGUGAUAGAAGGCAUGGAAAAAGCAGGGACUCAAACUCCCCUCAACAGGAUUUACACAGAGCUCUACAUCACAGAAGGAGAGAGUGAAGGGGUUAACAAUGAACAUGAGGUGUGGCAGCUAGAGACAGCAUCCAGGACACCAACCUCCCAUGACACAGCAAUCCACUGCAAUGACAUCUUUAAACCCUUACCUGGCCAAGAGAGAAGCAUCAGAACUGUGCUGACGAAGGGCAUUGCUGGCAUCGGAAAAACUGUCUCUGUGCAGAAGUUCAUCCUUGACUGGGCUGAAGGGAAGGCUAAUCAAGAUGUGGACAUCAUAUUUGUGCUUCCUUUCCGGGAGCUGAACUUGAUCAAAGAUCGCCAGUACAGUCUUCUCAGACUUUUAAAUGACUUCCACACAGAACUAGACAUAGGCAAUGCAAAGAAACUCACAGCCUGUAAAGCUAUGUUCGUCUUUGAUGGUUUGGAUGAAAGCAGACUUCCAUUGGAUUUCCAGCACAAUGAAAAGGUGUCUGAUGUCACCCACACAUCAUCUGUUGAUGUUCUGCUGACAAAUCUCAUCAAGGGGAAUCUGCUUCCCUCUGCUCUCCUAUGGAUAACCUCCCGACCAACAGCAACCAAUCAGAUCGCCCCUGAGUGUGUUGACCAGGUGACAGAGGUACGAGGGUUCAAUGACCCACAGAAGGCGGAGUACUUCAGAAAGAGAUUCAUUGAUGAGGACCUGGCCAGCAGAAUCAUCUCACACAUAAAGACAUCAAGGAGCCUCCACAUCAUGUGCCACAUUCCAGUGUUCUGUUGGAUUUCUGCAA